AUGGAAACUUUUCAUAAUGAAUAAUUUCUUACGUAUGCUCAAAAAGGUUCUAUGGAGGAGAUGAAGAGAGCGAUGGUCUAGGGGAAUGUGGAUGUCAAUUAUCAAGACAAGGAAGGUAGUGUGUUUUUCUAGAUUUAAGGAAACACUGCAAUGUUUUAUGCUAUAAUGCACAAUCAUUUGGAAGUUGUCAGAUAUCUGAUUUAGAAUGAUGCUUCUUUGGAAGUGUACAAUGCAUAGGGAUCAGGACCUUUGCAUUUGGCAGCGGAGAAGAUGAAUAAGGAAAUUGUUUUGUUGCUUGUGAUCAAUCAAGCCGAUCCAAAUUUAAAGAAUCAAUCAGGAUAGAGACCUGGUGAUGGAAUCACAGAAAUCAGAACUCUUAUCAAUAAUCUCACAGCCGAAAGCAAGGCCUUUAAUGCGUUAAAACAACCAUAAAAAUAAAAGCUGUAAGCAAUUUUUGAGGACAUCGAUUAUGAUAAUUCUAAAUAUAUCGAUAAUGCUAAGGCAGUGAAAUUCAAUAAGUACAUUGAGGAUACUAUUACUGACAAUCAAGCUGAAAAGGAUGCUAAGGAUUUCAUAAAAUCAGUUGCAUUAUGCAAUCCUGAAAGAGGAGUCAACAUUGAUGAGUGGUUCUUUAGUUUUUCCAAGCUGAUUGUUGUGGAUCCAGCUGCGUUUGAUAAGUUUAUUGAGGAUUACGAUAAGUAGGUGGAGAAGAAACAAAAACUAAGACACUAAAUGCAAGAUUGA